AGGUGGAAGCUCCGGUUUGACAAGCUGCUGUUGUUCUCGUAACAAAAGGGAACCGAACCGGAGAAGAGCUUGAAUUUCGCUCUGGAAAAAGAAGCAUGGACGAUAAUUUACCUCAAACAUAUGCAACGAUGUUUUUUCGACUUUCAGGUGAACAAUGCCCUACCGAGUAAAGAAAUUUUCAAAAGAAAACUGCGGGGUCAUAGUUAUUGGGAGCGGUAAUUUGACCAGAUAUGGCAGCUGAUGACAAGGUUGCCAUCUUGACAGACGAUGAGGAAGAGCAGAAGAGGAAGUAUGUUCUGGACGAGCCAUUCAACACCCUGUCCAUAGUGCAGCAGGUGGGUGAGUCAACACUUGUGCCACCUGAACAACUGCCGCCCCCGCAACCAGACCCUGUAGACUGCUGCGAGAGAAUGUGCCUCCAGAUUAACAGCCACCUCCUUGUCUCCAAAGUCUUCUACUUCUUCUUCUAUGCUGCCUACGGCUCACUGCACCCCCUGCUGGCUGUUUACUACAAACAGCUUGGAAUGUCGCCAAGCCGCAGCGGCCUGCUCGUUGGCAUACGGUACUUCAUUGAAUUCUGCAGCGCACCCUUCUGGGGUGUGGUGGCAGACCGAUUUAAGAAAGGGAAGGUUGUCCUUUUGUUUUCUGUUUUCUGCUGGUUGGUGUUCAACUGUGGCAUUGGCUUUGUCAAACCAGUGGCAAUAAAAUGUGAGGAGAAAGGAGUGUCUCCACCAACAUCAACACCACUGACGACAACGCCCCCUCAUGGUAACUUGACAAUUUCAAACAACUCCAAAAGCCACACCAGAAAUCAGAGGAGCGUCACAGACCUUCCUAAGUUUACAGACGUCCCUUACUCCUUUAGCAUUUUACAUCAAUAUGAACGAAGUGCUGAAAUCAACACAUCAGCUCCCUUCACACAACCCAACACCACUGAGCUCACACCAAACUCCACUGUAUCAACAACUACCCCCCCUGCUUCGACUUCAAAGGAGUACCACAUAAUCUACAACCAGGACCAGGUGGAGAGCAUCUUCCUGCUUAUCUUGCUUGUCAUCAUUGUGGGUGAGUUCUUCAGUGCACCUGCUGUCACCAUCGUGGACACCGUCACCCUGCAGUAUCUGGGAAAAUCCCGCGACCGCUACGGCCUGCAGAGGAUGUGGGGUUCCCUGGGCUGGGGUCUGGCCAUGCUGCUGGUGGGAAUCUGGAUCGACCACACACACAUCACAGUCCUAAUUGAUGGCAUCGGCUGCGUCCUGCCAGAUUACCGCCUGCACAACUACCAACUUGCCUUCAUCGUCUUCGGUGUGCUGAUGGCAGUUGCCUUCAUUGUGGCCACUCAGUUUUAUUUUGAAAAAGGAGGCGAGUACCGUCAGGAGCUGCCAGAGAUGGUACAAGACUCCACAAACCAUCAGGCAUCACCUGAAUCCAGCUCCUCAGACCAGAUUCCACCUGACUCUGAUGGUAGCCAGGAGUUUCACUAUGGCGAUCUGCUGAAGCUGCUGUGCACAGUGCGCUACAGCUCUGUCCUCUUUGUCGCUUGGUUCAUGGGCUUUGGCUAUGGCUUCGUUUUCAGCUUCCUGUACUGGCACCUGGAGGACCUGAAGGGGACCACCACACUGUUUGGCGUCUGCUCCAUCUUAAGCCACAUCUCUGAGCUUGGAGCUUAUUUUACCAGUCACAAGUUUAUUGAGCUUGUGGGACAUGUCAGAGUUCUAUACAUCGGAUUGGCCUGUAACACGGCUCGUUACCUGUACAUCUCAUAUCUUGAGAAUGCCUGGAUUGUCCUGCCCAUGGAGGUCCUCCAAGGUGUGACUCAUGCCUCAGUUUGGGCAGCUUGUAUCUCCUUCCUGAGUGCUGCUGUCCCGCCAGCUUUGAGGACUUCAGCUCAGGGGAUCCUGCAGGGUCUGCAUCUCGGAUUGGGUCGGGGCUGUGGAGCCAUGGUGGGAGGAGUCUUCGUUAAUUUUUUUGGUGCUGCAGAGACUUUCAGAGGAAUCGGCAUGGCCUCCCUCGCCAUCCUCCUCAUCUUCUCCUUCAUUCAGUGUCUAAGUGGAGAGAUUGAAGGAAAAGAGGAUAAAAUUCUCGCAGAGAACAUCCCAGUUCCCUCCAGUCCAGUUCCCAUUGCUACCAUCGACCUAGUUGAGAACCACAGCACCCCUGGCAGACCGAACCCACCUUGUCAGACCACCAUUGUACCAAUAAUGAAGACCAAACACCAGGAGGAACAAGAGGACUCGACGAGGCCUGCCUGGGUGCUGUCUGGUGUCCCCUGGGUCACCAUUGCCUUUGCACUGGUCCAGAUUAGAGAGUUGAUGAACCUGAAGAAGGGCUCCCCUGCAGAAAAUCAGCAGGUGAACACAAACACAGAGUUCAAUACAUCGGUCAGACACAGAGAGGGCAUAUAUUUUAUCAAACUCUCACUAGAAAACAGAGGAAAACACCAACUGAUCAACAUCUAAAACAGGUUUAAUUAAUCAGGGUGAUGCUUUGUACAUGUCUGUCUUAAUAAUGAACAAUAAAGUACUGAGUAUUAUUUAAAAACCUAAAAACGGAUCUUUAUUAAUUGAACUGACCUGAUUAUAAACCUUUUUCAACAUUUCAGGUGAGGUUUAUAGUUUUUAUUUGAUAUGGACAUAUCUGUAAAGAAUCUUAAUUGUUCCUGAAGGUGAGGCAGACAUAAUGCCAUGCACCUGAAAGAAAAACUUAGGGUUUUAGCUUUUGUAAACUUCUGUUCAGAUAUUUUGACAAGAUGAUUUGUAUUUUUUCUGUGUGCUUUUGUUGAGUCUGCUUUAUGUGUUGUUGAUUUUGUUGUGUGUAUGUGAGAGAGUGUGUGUUUAAUUUUGUUUUAUUAUGUUCAACAAAAUUUCAUUGCAACAAACAAUUAAAUGUAAUAAAAAUGUAAGAACUGAGAAACCUAAUAACAAAUAUGCAGCACAGGGUACGUUUCCUCGAACAGUUGUUUUUUUUUUAUAUCUUAUAGAGGAAAAAGGGUUCAGAAGUCUUAAGUUGUGGGCUUUUAAAAUGUCCCAAGUAAACCAUUGUUGGAUUUUGUUUGUAGCUUGUUGCUUGUGAUGUUCUAAACACCUGUCCAAAAAAAGAAAGAAAGAAAUCUUACUGAACUGAAGACAUUUCAUUUGACUUCUCUUAAAACAAACAUGGCAUGAAACUUGUUCUUGACAAGCUUUUAGGUUUAAACUCUGUUAAGUUCCUACAGGUUCACAGUAUAAGUACCAGUUAUUUGGUAUCCCAAAGGCCAGUCAGAUUCUGGCAGAAAAUUGUGCAGCCCUUGGAAACCCACAAAAGUUCAACAAGUUUAGUUUGAGCUUAUAAAAAAAAUUGCUCUGUAUCUCUGUUGAGAUACACUCAGAACCUAAAUGAAAACAGCGAGUAACUGCCUUUUUUGUUAGCUUCAUGGAACUUUUCAGGAUUUUUGCGCUGCUCUCCAGCAGGAAAAAAACUCAGAUUUUUGCAAUUGAUGCAUUUAAGGAAAAUUGUUUUUAUGUCAACGUAUUGUAUAUUGUCCAUAUCAAAUAAAAACUAUAAUACUGUU